AUGAAAAGAUAUAAUGAGUUGGAAGAUUUUGAAUCUGAUUUUGACUAUGGCACCGAUGAUGAGAAGCGAAAGCGUAAAAAAUUAAAAGAUGACGAACUAUUCAAGAAACCACGAGUUGCUGGCACAUCAAAAGCCAAAGAUAUAUUUGAUGAAGAGCAUUCACUUAUGGAGAGGCAGAAACGUCGUUUGAUGACGAUGGAUGUUUAUUCUCGUCACAAAGAAUUAAUAAAUCAGUACUAUUUGUAUUAUCCAGGAUCAACAUCGAAAAUGGUUCGAGACACAUCGAAAGAUCUUACUGAUUAUGAUUUUCUCAGAAAGAAUCACAGAUUUCUGUGGAAUGAAGAAGAACUCAAUCGAGCUGCUGAAAAAUCGUGGGAAUUUCGCCUUGCUAAGCGGUAUUAUGAUAAAUUAUUCAAGGAAUAUUGUAUUGCUGAUCUUACGCAAUAUAGAAAAAACAGAAUUGCUAUGCGCUGGCGUACUGAACAAGAAGUGAGGUCAGGCAAAGGACAGUUUGAAUGCGGAGAUAAGCGAUGUUCUUGCAGAAAUGAUUUGACUAGUUGGGAAGUCAAUUUUGCUUAUAUUGAAAAUGCUGAAAGAAAGAAUGCUUUGGUCAAGCUUCGUUUAUGUCCCCAAUGUUCGACAAAAUUGAAUUUUCACAGCAAAAGGCGGCGUUUUGAAAAGAAAAGAAAAAAUAUUCAUAAACCCAUUAAAAAGUUAAUUUCCAUUUUAAAAAUGAUGGAAAUUUGGAUUAGGCCUCAAGAAGAAGUAGAUUGUGAAAAAGCUGUUGACGACGACCUUGAUGAAUUUUUGGAUGAUAUGUUCAUAUAA